AUGGCGGACACGAACCUUCCCCUUUUCCCGCGCGAUUUACUCAAACGAUUCAUUCUACUAUACAAGGAAUCUCGUUGUUUAUGGGAUCGUCAAUGCCAGGCAUACAAACGUAAGAAGGCAAGACAAGAAGCCGUGUCCCGUUUAACUAAGUUGGUUCGGGAGUACGACGCGACCGUUACGAGGGUUCAUGUACUGAGAAAGAUCGAGAGCAUACGGUCUUGUGUGCGUAGGGAGUACAGAAAGGUACAGAGCAGUAAAUGGAAGGCGAAGAGUCCAAGCGAAAUAUACACACCGACCCUCUGGUAUUACAAUUUAUUGUCCUUUGCCUUUGAGGACUCGAAUGAUUGUAAAAUGAAAACUGAAGUAGAACAGGAAGAUCCACCUUCAGAAGAUGAACCAGAAACAAUAGAUGAUACAUAUGACCACAAUGUUGAAACGUAUAUGAACUAUGUGCCUAAUGCAGUAGAAGAAGUUACCCCCUCACCACCACCAAAACGUAUAGAAGAUGAUAAGAAACGACACUGCACUGAAGUUGAUGAUGAAUACGACGCUAUAGGCAUAAAUGUAGCUGCCAAAUUGAGAAGCCUUCCUCCAAAUAUGAGAAUUCGAGCGGAAAAGCUGAUCAACGACGUUCUCUUCCAAGCGCAGACGAACACACUUACGGCGACAACUUACCUCUGUACGUCGGAUCCUAUAAAAACGGAUAUGAUAAUAUGA